AUGAAUAUGUUGGAUGAUGAAGAUGACCAAAGCUUUCACGCUACGCGUGACGGCUACUCCCAUUUGAGCGAUGUCGAAUGGGAUGCGGUUAAACGGAUGGGUUUAACCAUGGGCAUCCAUGCUGUUAGCGUCAUGCUAGAGGCUCUCAAUAGAGAUGCCCAACAUGCUACUAUCGCCAAGUUCAUUCAAAAUGAACUUGACGCUGAACGCGAGAAAGUAGCCUUGCUUCACCUACAAGGUUCUCAACAAGCAGAGUUGUUGAGAGAGCAGGGUGCUCAACAGUUUGAACUGUUGAGACAGCAGCAGGCUGCUGCUGGUGGGUCGAUGCACUCGCGUCGACCCGAAACCUAG